AUGUCCGCGACCACUAAGCCAGCGACCAAUGCCGAUGCGCCACACGCCCAGACCGAUACACUUCGCUGGCGCAUCAACUACGACGCCAAGGCCAUGCUUCGUGGACAGUGGGACAAGGUGAAGAAGAAGCCGUACAAACCAAAGGAAUUCAAGGAGGAUAAGACCGAUGAAUGGCGCCACCAGGUGCAGCGUCAGAACAAAAUCAGUGCGUGGAUGGCAGUCGCGCACAAGCUGCAGAAGGGGGGCACUCUUGAAGAGUCUCGAUACCGUGCGAUCAUGGAGAUGCGCAAGGAUUCUGAUUUCGUGGACAUCGUCAAGAAGUUUCCGGCCCCCAACAAGCCUGCAUCGAUGAGCAAGCCAGCGUGGGCGCCAGCGCCGGUGMUGCCUAAUCCGCCACCAGCUCGUCCUUCCUUGCCGGUCGUCUUGCCUGUGACUCUGCCAGCCAACUAUCCAAACACCCUGAAGCGGAGCGCAGCAGGCGACAACACAGGCAUCAAACAGGAAGUCAUCGACGUCGAUAAGGAUGACGAGGAGCCAGAUCUCGAGUACUCCGACUACGAGCCCGAAGAAGAAGCCGCUGUGCAGCGCGAGAAGCGUGCGAACAAGCGUCAGCGCACAGGCGACUCCUCCACCCAGCUCAAGCAGUCCCAUCACGAGGAGGACCUGCAGUUCCAACUCGAGGAGUCAAGGUUGAAGAGCCAGCUUGAGGAGGUGCGCAUCCGACGUAAGAUGGCGACGCUGCGGCGCCGUAACGAGGACUCGAAGUGA